UACAGUUGGCAGAGACGUACAAGAACAAACACAUUUACUAGAGGUCAACCUUAUUAAUAGGAUGUACGAGGUAGAUGAUUUAGUCCCAAUUAAUGAUACUCAACAGGGACAAAUAAGAACAGAUGAUUUAGUCACAACUAAUGGUACUCAACAGGGACAAAUAAGAACAGAGGAUUUAGUCACAAUUAAUGGUACUCAACAGGGACAAAUAAGAACAGAGGAUUUAGUCACAAUCAAUGGUACUCAACAGGGACAAAUAAGAACAGAUGAUUUAGUCACAAUUAAUGGUACUCAACAGGGACAAAUAAGAACAGAGGAUUUAGUCACAAUUAAUGGUACUCAACAGGGACAAAUAAGAACAGAGGAUGGUAAUAGGCUUCAUAAAUGUGAUGUUUGUGCUCGAGAAUUUAGUCACAGUGGCUACUUACAGAGACACAUGAAAACACAUACUGAUGGAAAACGUCACAAAUGUGAUUUUUGUCAUAGAGAAUUUUUUCGAGGUUAUAACCUAAAAAUACACGAGAGAACACAUACUAAAGAUAAACCUCAUGAUUGUGAUGUAUGUGGAAAAGGGUUUAGCCGACUCAGUCAUUUACGUAGACACAUGAGAACACAUACAGGCGACAAACCUCAUGGCUGUGAUGUAUGUGAGACACAUGAGAACACACACAGGCGACAAACCUUAUGA